ACCAUCUCUCCAUCCGCGCUGAUUAAGACUCAGCUAGACUUAGCUAGCCACUACACACAUAUUUCGAUGUUCAGUUUACGAAAUUAGGCGGUAUCGUUUUAAAUUACUCCUGUGUGGAAAUAAAGUCCUGCGAAAGUGAGUCUUAAAACUCGACGUUGUUCGGGGAUGUUAUAUAUUUAUUCACAUGGGUCUUGGAGGAAGAAAUAUUGACUUCAUUAAUUUUAAUAUUUUACAAUAAUUCCACAGAAAAGGGGAAUUGGAUCCUCCUGUUUUUUUUUUUUUUUUUUUUAGAAACCGCUGCCGCUCCGGUUAUUAGGCUAUGGGACCGUGCUGUAUAGUUUGGAAUUACAGGACCUGGUUGGAUCGCCCUAAAUGAAGACUAGCCACGACGCCGGGAGCUGAGCGCUACAACUUGCUGUGAUGAUGGGGUCCAGUCGCUGGUGCACCGUACUGCUGCUGCUGCUUCUACUAGGGACAGCGUGCCCGUUGGCUCUAGGACAACAGGACAACUCCCGAAGCACCAAAAGCAUUGAGAGAACCCCCCCCAAGUCCUUGGGGAUUCUAGAGGGACAGGGGGUGUCACCUCUGGGUCGCUGGAUGUUACAGACUAGAAGCCGAGUGGCUAAUGCCACAUCCUUGGAACUUCCCUACCGCUCUCCCAUCCCCUUCUCCAAGCAGGAAUUCUGGGAGAUGCUGGGGAGCGACCUUCGACCCGAUUCCAUCUCGAGGGUCAAACGACGGCCCAUCGUCAAGACUGGCAAGUUCAAGAAGAUGUUCGGCUGGGGGGACUUCUACUCUAACAUCAAAACGGUGCGCCUCAAUCUCCUGAUCACGGGCAAGAUCGUGGACCACGGGAACGGCACCUUCAGCGUUUACUUCCGGCACAACUCCACUGGCCAGGGCAACAUCUCCGUCAGCCUGGUUCCCCCAGUCAAGGCCGUGGAGUUUGAUCUGGAGCGGCAGAGUGUGCUCUAUCCCAAGGACUCCAAGAUCUUCAAUUGCCGGGUGGAGUACGAGAAGGUGGACCGCAACAAGAAGACCUCGCUGUGCAACUACGACCCCUCCAAGACCUGCUUCCAGGAGCAGACCCAGAGCCACGUCUCCUGGGUCUGCUCCAAGCCCUUCAAGGUCAUCUGCAUCUACAUCUCCUUCUACAGCACUGACUACCGUCUGGUCCAGAAAGUGUGCCCAGACUACAACUACCACAACGAGAUGCCCUACCUACCUUCUGGAUAGAGGCAACAGGGCUGGAGGAACUUCCUUUGUGAGAACCUGCAAAGGAUCCUCUUGAAUAUUGUAAUUGAGGACUGGGGGGAAAAAAAGUACUAGAAGGACUAUGUGUUGUAUAUAUGUGUGCAAGGUAAUGUGGUAUAACAGGACUGGGAAACCAAGAGACUAAAGCCGAAGGUUGGGGGGGGGGGGGUUGGUUGUGGUCUAGUGAUUCUAUUUGAAGUUAGCAUGGUCAUGCUAAUUUCAAAAAAAGCAGAGUGAUUCAGGGAUUGGAGCUGAGGCAUUGUGCGAAAGGUAACGUGACCUAGUGUCUAGAGCCGAGGAGCAUGUAUGCAUGUGCCCUAAACUUCAGAUUUGCAUACAUGAUCUUUUUAUGCAAAUAUGAUGUUUAGGGACAAUCAAAUACAAAUCAAAAUGGUUUACUGCUGUGACUGAUGUCUUUGUUCACACAAUUACUUCAAGCAGCCUGGUGCCUUUUUGGUUCUGAAUUUCACAAUACUUACUAUGUGCUACUAGCUCUGUACUGUAUAUCUAUUAAAACGUGAAUACUGUUCAGUAUGUAUCCCUCUAACUGGAUCUCCUUUCAGCAUUAUUCAGUGUGUGUGAAGCAGUGAAGGUCAGCACACAGCUCAUGUAAUGGUACCAGAGCUGAAAUUCAUGGAAAAAACUAGAUGUCUGAGAAGUUCAGCUAUCAUAGAGGUUAGACUAGCUGUGAACACGACCACCAGAAAAUCCCAAGUAGAGAUCUUAGUUGAGCUGUCUUGUGGUUGCAGUCUCCUCAGUCUGUACUACUUUGCUAGCUUGCAUUCAAGCCCAACACCCAAACCAUUGUGCCAGCUUAGUCCUCAGCUGGAAGGGCUAGACUGUCUUUUAAGCCUAGCUUGUCUAUUGAACUAUCGGGGCUGACAUUUAAGAAGUGCAAGCAAAGCGUGACAGUCAAGAGAGUCAAAUUACAAAUCUGAACUGUCUUUAAAACAAUGUGAUGACAUUUCCAGUGCAGUUUCCUGUUGAAGUCAAAAGCAUCCUAAAACCACUUCAUAAACAUCUUAAAUAUCUCAAGAGAUCUAAUGACAACCAUUCUGGUAUUCAAGUGUAGCCAAGGACCAGUCUGUCCCUCAGCAAUAAUCUGUAGUCCACACCUUGAACCCACUUUUAAGGAUCCCCUGAUUCACACUACAAAGCAUUAAGAGACUAGUAUUCACAAGUCUAGUGUGGGUACUGAGGGACAGUGUGGUUUAAAUUGCUUGGAUUACUGUGAUUUUCUCUAAGAGCGUUAAUCAUGGAAAUACAAGGUGCAUGGCAUAACACUAUGUAUUGCCAAAACCUUGGGAGUGUGUUGUGAAAACUUCAGGUUUCCCACCUGCUACUUACUGAAGUUCUCACUAAAGGGUGUUCCUAGUUCUUGAUAGAGACACAUGGCUCAGGAUCUCUUCCAGCAGUCUUUUGGGGUUCGAAUCAUUUUUCAAAUUCUUGUUUUUAUUACAGCUCAUAGUGGACACCUGAUCAUAUGACUUGGCCCCUGUAACAGCUAAGUCUCUUUUCCCUUUGGUAUACAGUAUGCAAGUCCUCCCAGUAUGAACAUUCUAGCUGUACACAAUACACAUGCAUGCUUAGAAAAUUAUGGUGUAUUGUUAGUUCCGAAUGGUUAAACAGUAUGUAUAAAGCAAUAAUUCAAUCUGUAUUUGCAUAACUUCAAAUGCAAAUUUAGUGCAUACACGGAAACCUAUGAGGUCAACUCAUUAAAAAAGCAUCCAGCAUCACCGUAUUGUGUAAUAACGUCGAAAGGCAGUCCCUCAUUCACUUCCCUCUCCAUUAUUCUUUAGGCUUUUCACAAGCUUUUUAUUCUUUGACCUUCAUGCACGAAAUUUGACUUUUCGUGCAUGAUUUAUUUUCACUGUUGCUUUAGUAAAGUAUUGUUAGUCUUCUUCUCGAGUCUUUUCACCACGUUUGACAAUUUUUCUACAUUUGCUUUGGCUCGUUUGUUGUUCUUUGCAAGGUCAUUGAUUGUCGAUUUGCCUUCAAGCAGCAGACACUGCAGCACAUGUUGCAUAGUCUGAGACUCAGUGCCGCAAUCGCAGGUGGCUGAGCAGGUGCUAUAGCCCCACUUCCACAAUGCUUCCUUCCAGCGUCCGACUCCACUGCGCAGGCGGUUGAGACAUCGCCCCCUCUGCCAUGAUUCAUCAGCCCCUGUAUAUAGUAACAUCCAGGGAUGGAGCCUAGAGACCCCGGACUGAUUAUUAUAUUUCUAACUGUACACCUCAAAAAUAAAACCAAGAUUCUUACAAUCCUCAUAAUCACAAAUACAUCAGGUCAUCAGGCAAAAAAUAUAUGUGAUGAAUAGAUGAUGUUUUUUUUUCGUAUUAUUUCAGACAUUUACAAAUGACUUUUUAGUUCUGUUGCUCUCUAAAUUGUUAUCAUUUUCUCUAUAGCUACGUUUCACUGGUAACACUUUACAUUAAGUGUCUCUAAUUACUGUGUAUUUACAUACUAGUUAUGUGUCAUUAUUAUGCAGUUACAAUGUACUUACUAGGGCUGCUACGAUUAAAUCGAAAAUUUAUUUUUAGAUCGAUUCCAUUCCUCAUUAUAUACAUCGAUAUAAAUACUGGAUAAUCGAUUAAAUAAUUACAUUUUUGAACGCGCAUAGUUAAUAACAUUAUUUAAGUCAACGAAACUGCACCGAACGCCCCUGCCUUUACAUUACUUCUGCAACAGACAAGCAGUGGGCGUGCUCUUCUUUUCCUGCUCGUGUUAACUAGCAUCUGAUUUUCUGGUCGCAUCCUACCAGCGAAUCAGUUUUGAAAAUGCUUUGCAAGUACGCCCCUCUGUGUAUACGCUAUAAAAAUGAAAGGCGCGCCACCUUGAAUCCAGAGCAGGUUGACAGGCUUGUAUUUUUGGCGAACAGGCUGUAAAUAAAUUGUGCAAAUUGAAGAAAACUGACUGUAUAUAGUUUGCACUUCUUUGGAGUUUCAAAAUGAACUGGUAUAUAAUGAAUAUUUAAUAAUAUUCAAUAACGCUAAAAGUAAACAGUGCUGUUAAACGCAAUUUUGGAGUAAGGAUCAGCGCUUGACCUAUAGCGAGUCUGCAUGUUGUGGUAAGUAAAUCAAUCUGUUAUUAUUAUGAUGAUGAUGAUGAUGAUGAUGAUGUUUUAGGCAGGGAUUUCUGCAUUGUGUUUCACAGAUAAUGAAGGUUAGGUGGUACAGUAUUAACAAGAUGCAAUGCGUGAUGCUGCAGCUGUCACUCAAAAAGUCGUGUCUAGUUUAUAUAGAUUAUAUUUCAAAGUACUGUAAUCUGUUUGGAAUAAAUAUUUUAGUAACACCCAGUAGUAUGUUAAAGUUGUAGGGCUUGUAGCGAAUAUUGUUUUUUUUUUUUGUUUUUUUUUUUUUGUUUUUUUUUUUUUUCUCUCCUGACGCUACCAAGGCGUAAUUGCCGCUCGCAUUCAAUUGUUGUGCACAAGCUUUUACUUAACAGCAGUGAUAUUAAAAUAAUAACGUUGCGGGGAGAUGAAUGGAGCGAAAAUGUAUGUGGGCAGUACAAUCAUCGAUAUUUAUUCGAAUGAUUGUAUUUUAUGUGCCGAAGUAAACGAUUGCUAUUUUGAGGCUUAACUGACAGCCCUAGUACUUCCUAUGUAAGUCUGUUUGCACCAUAUAUGUAAGUACAUAAUUGUAUCAGAAAAGGGUUAGGGUUCAGUGUAGGGUUAAAUAUGUACACAUUAAGUACAUUAUAACUAUACAUAAUAACAUUGUAAUGACGUUUAAGUGCAUAACUUGAUCUAUUAGGCUGAUCUAGGCUAUGUAACAUAUAUCUAUGGCAAACACUGUGAACUUGGGUGAAAGCAUCCUAACAAUUAAAAAUGAAAAAGUAAGUGAGUAAUUACAACAUAACCCACUCAGAAUGAUUGCAAAGACCAGGCAGGCAAGGGGACAGGAACAAACAAAGAAGGAAAUGAUGACACUACUGACACUAAGCAUAGAAACAUUCUGACAGGUCUCUACUGUUUCUUCACUUUCACACAGGUGAAGCCGUUUACCCUGCCUGUUCACUUCCUCUGUAGCAGGUAAUGUGACCCCACCUGAAACUUACACUCAAGUGCAAAGCUGAAUGAGGGAAACUAUGAAUGGUUUAUUGUGAAUUUAUUGUGUUCGAAACAAGAUCAGGCUUAUAAAUUGCUAGCACACCAUUUGUCCCACCUACUGGAAUUUAAUGCAAUCGCACAGAAUCAAAUAUUCCCAGCCUAUUAAGAUGUCCCCAUGGUAAACUGUCACUGCAUUUAGAAGUAGAAAAGGGGAUUCCUAAACUGUGUUCAGGGCUUCCUUAUUCCAUUCCUGCCCUCCUCUGUGUGCCAGGUUUAAAUUGGUGGCAUGGGUUAACUUCUGUAUCUUUGCUAUUCAGGUCUUGAUAUAGAGCUGGUCCUAGCAAGCUUUAGAAGAAUUGUCACUGGCUGUGUUUUUUUUUUGUCUUGGUUCUGUCGAUAUUCAGAUUUAUUUUUUAAUACAACACUCCAGUGGUCUGAAUAGAUCAUGUGACCUAGAGCACAGGAAGUUGCAGUAACACCCUGAAAAGAUGUUCCGCACAACACUAAGGGGGCAUGAUAAUUUGGCUAACGCUGAUAACUGAUGCUUUUCUUGAAGCAGGUAUGAAAUGAGUCUACGUUUUAAUAUUGAUUUACUUUACCUGAGAGAAUUCAAAUAAUGGAGCAUUUCCUCGUGAAAUGUAAACUGGUGUUGGAAACUUGGCACGGCAGUUUGGUUUCCAUCAAUGAUUUUCUUGUCGCAGCAGAAGGAUAGCCCUAUUCCCUGUAAGGGGUAAGAAGAUGGUUUCCAAAGCCUCAGUUAUAUUGUUUUAUAGUUUUCAGAAAGGGACUAAUGGAAACUAAUGUUAACAUUAAUUAUUUUACUUCUUGGCAACUUUGUCUUAUUUUUCUAUUAUUAUUAUUAUUAUUAUUAUUUAUUUCUUAGCAGACACCCUUAUCCAGGGCGACUUACAAUUGUUACAAGAUAUCACAUUAUUUUUACAUACAAUUACAUUAUUUUUUUUUACACAUUAUUUUUACAUACAAUUACCCAUUUAUACAGUUGGGUUUUUACUGGAGCAAUCUAGGUAAAGUACUUUGCUCAAGGGUACAGCAGCAGUGUCCCCCCCUGGGAUUGAACCCACGACCCUCUGGUCAAGAGUCCAGAGCCCUAACCACUAUUCCACGCUGCUGCCCCUGAAACGUUUCUUACAUAAUAAAACUAUUUGUGGCUGUCUGGGGAUUUUUAUUACACAUUUACAGAAAACGCUAAUAGAUGUCACCGGCGUAAAUAUCUAGCAAACUCACAGGCAGGUUUAGAGACAGACAUUCAUGUAUUGUGGAGCUGAAGCCAGUUAUUUGAACCUUGGAGUAUUUGAAUAAAGGGAGGGCAGCCCUUUUUAUGUGUCUUACAAUUAGAUGUACUGCCUUUAAUGUCAGUAAAUAAAUCAAUUCAAUCACUGCUGCGUCUGUCUGCAUCACUUCUACACAUGUUCACCACUGUGUCCACAGCUCUCCAUAACAUCAAGCACUGGCACCUUGCAAGUAAGUGGCUUCCAAUGACAUUUCCAGAGUUACUGUUCCCUUAUGUUUUUAUGAUGCUUGCAGUCAUUCCGAGUGGUUCUUAUUGCAUAUAUAUAAGGCUUCUGUUUUUCGGGUUUUAUUAAUUGUAUUUUUCAGUGCUUAUUUUUAGCUAUUUUUGAGUUUCUGUAAAUCAAUUUUUUUCUGGGCUUUCGUUUUUGAUAUACUUUAUGAAAUUAGUGUUUUCGGUUACUUUCCAAAAUGCUUGAGCGUUUUUUGUUUUUUUUUUGUGUGUGUGUGUGUGUCAAAAUAUUUAUAGUAACUUGACAGUACUUGCACACUUAAGUUGUACCUUCUUUCCUUUGCUGUCUUCCACAACAAAAUUCCUAUGAUCACAGACACAGUCUUCUGGGGUUUUUGUGUGUAUGCAUUUUUGUACAUUUCACCACAAUUCUGUUUUAAAUCCUCCGUGUCUUAACUGUAAUACAGCUUUAAAUCCCGCUAACAAGCCUACAUCCUGAUUGUAAUCUUGUUUUAAAUCUCGCAAGCGAAGUCUCCAGUAGAAAUGUAGGAAUGUGCUGUCACUCAGUAGUUUGGGGUGGGUUUAAAGUAUUCAGAACUAAUCAAUGAUAGAUACAAGUCAGGAAAGCGUGACAUUGCCCAGCAGCACAGGAAAAUGUAUUUAUUAUUUUUGUAGUAGGUUUUAUUUUUUUAAAUGUGAAAAGGGUAAAGUCACGUGAAUAGAUUAACCAUUUCCACAGUCUUUCCGGUGUUUAUUGGCUAUCCACCAAUUUAUUUUUUUUUGUAUUGGAGGUGUUUUAUCUGUUAAAACCGAAAAUUAGAAGCCCUAUAUAUAUGUUGGGUUUGUUUUUCAUAUUACCGGGCAGUGUUGGGUGAUGGAUGUGUUAUGGAUUCUGACCCCUGGUGGUGAGAUGAGGUUGAAAGCUCUGUAACCACAUCUGCGGAUGAGUCUGGCUCUUUUGCAUGGUGGUUAAGGCGCUCGCUUGUGGUGUGCAUGGUCACCAAUUCGCACCCUGCCACACUCUGGUUUCAUGUGACUGAUCUAUGACUGGAAAGGGAUCGUUCAUUCAUUCAUUCGCAAUGAUCAAGUGCAGCUGGUUACAGGAUCAGUGCACAAUGAAUGAGAAGCGAGAAAUGAGUUCUUGUUAAAUUGGAUGUAAAGCUCGGGUUAUUCAGGAUAACAAGCUUGUCAGCAGAACUUUAUUUUUUGCAUGCGAACAAUCGACGAUGCUUGAUUUCUGUGUGAAACUGUAAGUCGUUGAUUAUUGUUUUUGUUCACCGAGUUAAUUCUGUAUAAUGUACAUAUGUUAACUUUUGCCAUUUAAGCCGUAAAAUUAGACAGUACAAGCCAAUAACUAAAAGUAUAGUCAACAGUUUGUGCACAGUUUGUGGUUGGAUUGUUUUCGUAAAAAUAAUGCUGUUAUUUUAUUAAUUCUUAUUUCAAGCGAACUAUACUAGUUGUACCGAGUUUGUACAGUACUGUACACUGUAAUCGUUUGAUUCAAUGCCGUUCUUUGAACCGUUUUCUUAAGAACAUUUAACUAAAAAAUAAACAUAAACAUUGUAAAUACUGUAAUACUGUAAACGUGUGAGUUCUGUUACUUAUAUGCAUGUUAAUGCCAUGGCUCAU